AUGGCCACCCGAAGAGUUCAUUUUUCAUCUCCUUUGGAAAUUGGGCAAGUGUGCUCUGCUACUGUUGAAUACAACAUGAGUCCGGAAAAGCGGAUCGGACAUCCGGACAGCCAGGUAAUAUGCUCCACCCCCGACCGCUUUGACCGGUGCUUCGCCGGAGUGGAUGACUGCAUUCAAGAACUAUCCGCCAUGUUUGAUGAGGAUUGGGUCAAGUCCAAAAGGCUGGAAUCUCCGCAGUCCCAACAAAUGGACUCCAUCAUGGAAGACGAUGUCGAUGAGCUUGCAGAAGAUAGCCCAUCGUACAACCUUGGAUGGGUGGAUAUGAAUUCCGGAUCUCAAACUGCUGCAUCUACAUCAGUGGAUGACAUCUCUACCAGGCCUUCAUACGAUCUAGGAUGGGGUGCAAACACCACGACAUCUGACAUUGACAACGACGAUAUAUCAAAAUCGGCCGAGAUUGCAGAAGGACCUGCUUAUGAUCUCGGGUGGGGUGGUGCUGACACUGCAUCUGGAUCCCCCAUCGAUGCCUGCAUGGAGUUGUCGAGUGGCAGGAAUGAUGGGCCAAUGUAUGAUCUCGGGUGGGGCCCUGCCUUGCCAUCAUCUGCCGGUGACGCUGAAGGGACAUCCGGUGAUGACCCCAUCGAUGCCUGCAUGGAGUUAUCAGGUGGCGGGAUUGAUGGGCCGAUGUAUGAUUUUGGGUGGGGCCUUGCCUUGCCAUCAUCUGCCGGUGAUGCUGAAGGGACAUCCGGUGAUGAAGUGGGCAGUGAUGAAAGCCCAGUAUACGAUCUCGGGUGGGUCCAGAUCCAACGAGAGCUCUUUCAUACCAAAGCAACUGAGGAACUGACGAUCGGGGCUGACAAUUUGAGACCAGACAACAUCAUCGAUCUUUGUAGCGAUGAAGAGCCGGUGUACGAUCUCGGAUGGGAAAAUCGUAGCAAACUUGUCAUUGAUCUAUCGGGCGACGCAGACAAUGAUCUCACAAAUGGGACGGAAGCCGUGAAAUUGAAACCCAAACAGCCGAUCCACGAUGAUUUGGACAUGGAACAAGAUGAUUGGGAAAGCUCGGCCGUUGAAAUUAUAGAUGAUGAUUUGCAAGGCACCCAGACCAUUCUUUGGGUGAAUCGUCGACUGAAAACAAUCGGUAACACCAUGGCCAACAAGCACAUCCAUGCCAUCGUAGAGAAUGCCACACAUGGCUUGACUGCAUCCCACGUACCAGCCGAUAUUCUGAUCGACAAUAGGAGUAUACUUGGAGGUUACGCUGGCACCCAGGACCGGGUCACAACAAUCGGGUUAGAUAUUUGCAGGCUGCACCGGCUCAUUCAACUUCAGCGCCAUGCAUUCAAAUCAGUCGACCGAGUGAUUGAGUCAUUAGAAAAUGUAUAG